GGCGGGCGUAGUGUGCGAAUGGUAUUGGUCAGAGCUAACCGUGAUUUACUGUUGUGAGAAUUAUACAGACUGAAUCAAUUUCCUUCUUUCGAUUUAUUUCGAGUGAUAGUAUCUCUAAAGAGCGGGUCAUAUUCAAUUUGGUCUGUCAUGUCGGAUCCGAAUUUAAAGCUGAAAUUUGAACCAAUGGAGUCUAAGGAGUUCAAGGAUUUCGCGAAGGCGAUGGUGGAUUACAUUGCUGAGUAUUUAGAAAAUAUACGUGAUAGGCAAGUGGUACCGUCAGUCAAGCCAGGCUACCUCCGGCCAUUGAUCCCUGAGCAAGCACCAGAGAAGCCGGAACCCUGGACCGCCGUGAUGGAUGACAUCGAGCGCGUUAUAAUGUCUGGAGUGACGCACUGGCACUCGCCACGGUUUCACGCUUAUUUCCCCACAGCCAAUUCUUAUCCCGCCAUCGUGGCCGAUAUGCUCAGCGGUGCUAUUGCCUGCAUUGGAUUUACUUGGAUUGCUAGUCCUGCGUGUACUGAAUUAGAAGUGGUUAUGUUGGAUUGGCUCGGUCAGAUGCUCGGCCUCCCGGAAGAGUUUCUGGCUCGUUCUGGUGGGGAAGCUGGUGGAGUUAUCCAGGGCACAGCCAGUGAAGCUACAUUAGUAGCACUCCUUGGCGCAAAGGCUCGUACUAUGCAGAGAGUAAAAGAACAACACCCGGAGUGGACUGAGGUCGAGAUUCUAUCCAAACUCGUGGGUUACUGUAACAAGCAAGCUCAUUCAUCUGUAGAGCGAGCUGGACUUCUCGGUGGUGUUAAGCUUCGCAAUCUAAAGCCAGAUAACAAGAGGAGAUUACGAGGCGAUACCUUAAAGGAGGCUAUUGAUGAAGACAUUAGCAAUGGCUUGAUACCAUUCUACGUCGUGGCCACCCUCGGUACUACAUCGUCGUGUGCUUUCGACUGUUUGGAUGAAAUAGGAGACGUGUGUAAGGAACGAGAUAUCUGGUUGCAUGUUGAUGCAGCAUACGCUGGAUCAGCUUUCGUCUGCCCUGAGUACCGUUACCUGAUGAAGGGUGUCGAGAAGGCAGAUUCCUUCAACUUCAACCCUCACAAAUGGAUGCUUGUUAACUUUGACUGUUCCGCCAUGUGGCUCAAACAACCUCGUUGGGUAAUCGAUGCAUUUAACGUCGAUCCUCUUUAUUUGAAACACGACCAACAGGGAUCCGCGCCAGACUAUCGCCACUGGCAGAUACCUCUUGGCCGUCGUUUCCGCGCCCUCAAACUUUGGUUCGUGCUCAGAUUGUACGGCAUCGAAAAUAUUCAGAAACAUAUUCGUAAACAUAUCGCUUUGGCACAUCUUUUCGAGAAACUAUGCCUCGAAGAUGAUAGGUUCGAAAUAUAUGAAGAAGUUACUAUGGGUCUUGUUUGCUUCCGACUCAAAGGGAGCAAUGAUAUUAACGAAGAGCUGCUCAGACGUAUUAACGGCCGUGGUAAGAUUCACCUGGUGCCAUCUAAAGUGGACGAUAUUUAUUUCCUAAGGCUUGCUAUUUGUUCACGUUUCUCCGAAGAGGGUGAUAUCCAAAGUUCCUGGGAGGAAGUAAAGGCUGCUGCUGAUGAUAUACAAGCACAAAAAAAGAUUUCCUUAUAAAAACUUACUAGUGCAAUAUUGUCUAUAAUUGAAUGUCUUAAGAGAUAUAUUUAAUCAUAUAUAUAACAAAAAAAUAAUAACAAUAAUGUACAAAAAGAUAUAAACUUCGUUAUGCUACGAUUCUUUGUAUAAUAAAAAUUAAGUUACGUAUGCUCCAUAUUAUAAUCUACGGCUAGUUAAAUAAUUCACAUUGUUAUCUAUUAUUAUCUGUGGUUUCUCUAAACAUAAAGCUUGAAAUAGCAGUGAUACAUAGAUCUUGUUCUUAGUGAUAGAGGUAUUAUUAUUUCGAAAUGUUUGUUUUCUAUAUACAAAGUUUUUAAUGUAUUAGACAUCAAAUUAUUACAUAUCUGGUUUAAUUAAAAUAAGGUUGUUUAUUAAUAUUUUUUCAA